AGUUUCUCACUUUGUUCUUCAAAAGAUGCGUCGUUGACUUGUUGGUGAAAUGGAAUUGGUCAAACAUUCAAACUUUGACAAAAUUGGGAGCAUUCAGAAUUUGAAAAGUAGACCAACCUCUCCAUUACAAAAAAACAUGUAACCAGGUCAAUGGUUCUGUUCUCUAGCUCCACAUUAAUAUAAGGAAAGAAGACUCAUUGACUCUCUCUCUCUCUCUCACACACACACAGCUCAUUUAUAAAGAAACGUUUCUUGCACAAUUCUAUGUAAGAAGGGAGAACAAUAGUAACUUAUGCAGGUUGUGAGAAGGAGGAUCCCAUCAGGAGAAGGCGUUGAGAUGCCUGGAAGAUCCGAGACAAACAGGGUCAGAAGGAGGAGUCAUGGCUCAGGUCUGAGGGUUCGAGUAGCUUGCACGUGCUCUGGACGGCCUGGCUCGACUAAGUGUGCGCGACACGGGUUUGUGGUGCCAAGCGAUGAGAGGCUUAUGAGGAAGGCCAGUGACGGUAGCAAAGAAGUGUUAAGGAGAGCUUUAACGCCUCCGAUCCGGCGGAUGAAUCUCCGUUGGUUGAACUUCCGACCAACACCUAGCCGGCUCUGUAAAAUGUCUUCUGUUUGAUCAGAAUACUGAGAACUUUUUUUUGUUUGAAUGUAAAUAAACUUCAAAGGCUUUUCUUUUUUUUCUUUUCUUGUAAUGUUGGAAAUCAAAUAAGAUUCAGACCCAAUUGCAGAGA